UUGAGCUUUGUAAUACUCGUUUAGUAGCCCUGCCCAGCUGCUGGCCGAGCUCAGCCGCGGAACAGGUAAUACAGGUGAGACCGAGCUGUGCCGAUUUGUCCCGCAUAGGCUACACACGGUCAUCGUUGACAGAAAGCAAAACAGCCACAAACCCCUUCAGUAUCAGGAGGGUAACCUUUCCAGUUCCCCUUUGAACAUAACAUCGCAUUUGAACAGAACAGAAGAUUAACAACAAGAUGUCUGCCCCCCUCGGUCCAGACAUGCCUAUGCCAGUACCUAAACCACGGGCUUGCUACAAGCGGUCUGGCGUGAGCUUACAGAGCCAGCUGUCUUCUGAGCGGGAUUUGAUACAUGAUACACCUGAUACGGGAAUUCAUAGCAAAGGUAUUCCACCCGCAAAUGAUUUGCAGGCAGAAAAUGAAGACAACCCUGCCAUUAUCCUAAAUAAGCCUCCAGUCAGUCCUGCCAUUACCAGUCCAGCUGACCAGAAUCCAAGCCAGCGUAAUUUCCCUCUCUUCAGAUCUGAUUCUGGAGUGACUCCAUCUUACCCAGUACUGGACAGUAAUGAGCCAGAUGGACUCCUUGACAGAUCUGCCUGGUUGUCCCUCUCUCCACACAGUCCGGCUGCAGAUACUGACCCCUACGUCAGUCCGGCUGCAGAUACUGACCCCUACGUCAGUCCGGCUGCAGAUACUGACCCCUACGUCAGUCCGACUGCAGAUAUUGACCCCUACGUCAGUCCGGCUGCAGAUACUGGCCCCUACGUCAGUCCGGCUGCAGAUACUGACCCCUACGUCAGUCCGGCUGCAGAUAUUGACCCCUACGUCAGUCCGGCUGCAGAUAUUGACCCCUACGUCAGUCCGGCUGCAGAUACUGACCCCUACGUCAGUCCGGCUGCAGAUACUGGCCCCUACGUCAGUCCGGCUGCAGAUACUGACCCCUACGUCAGUCCGGCUGCAGAUUAUGACCCCUACGUCAGUCCGGCUGCAGAUACUGACCCCUACGUCAGUCCGGCUGCAGAUACUGACCCCUACGUCAGUCCGGCUGCAGAUACUGACCCCUACGUCAGUCCGGCUGCGGAUACUGACCCCUACGUCAGUCCGGCUGCAGAUUAUGACCCCUAUGUCACUGUCGUAGCUGACUGGGAAAAAGACCCUGGAUCCGGAUCUGAAUCGUCCAUUGAUGACGAUGCCGUUACUGGAGAAAUAAAGAACCCAUCCCACAUGAACAAUGUGGCGUCAGGGCAGGUUUGUAUUGCUGUUGUCCCCAGUCGAGAAACCUAUCAACCUCCUGUGGACAAGGAGUCUAUGCAGACCAGACCUCUCAAACAGAAGAUCCCACGUGCGGCCACCAUCCGUGUCAGCAGGAGAAAACAGGCAGCAGUGAGUGGUGGUGCUACCCAGGUAGCAGAGUCCUCUCGUAGGGAGAAUGUGGUGUCCCGAUCCAGCUGGCUGGAUGUAUGGAAAGGCCGCAGGCACAAUGUUCUGUGGGCCACCCUGGAUGGACCGUUGGUAUCACUUUGGAAGAAACGCACAGACAAGUUCACAGACUUAGUGUUCCAUGUGUCAAGCAUCACCAACGUCUGCAAGCAGGACAAAGGACGCUUCUCCCUUUACUUCCGCAAGAAGCACUUUGAGUUCAUGGCGCACAACGAAGCGGUGCAGGAGGGCUGGGUGACGUCCCUCCUGGCCUCUCGUGGAUGGGACCCCGCAGCCCCUCCGGAGCAGCAUGGAGCCCUGACCAUGAAGGACCCUCGCAGCAGCAGAGUGUACGCUGCCAUCUGUGGACACAACCUGUGGAUCUACAACAAUAAAGAGGACUUCCAAUUGGGGGUUGGGAUGACCUAUGUGUCCAUGAACGUGGCUUCAGUGAAGCAGACUGGCCGUCAUAACUUCUGCCUCAUCACACCGUACAAAACCUUCAAUUUCUCCACAGACUCGUCGAGGGAGCUGGCCGUGUGGCUGGGGAGCCUGAAUCAGGUGAUCCUCAGUGCCCUGUCAUGCAGCGAGGUGGCCCACCGACUCUGGGCCAACCCAUGGAACAAAGUGUGUGCCGACUGUGGCAGUGCCAACCCUGAGUGGGCCUCAGUCAACCUGCUGGUGGUCAUCUGUGAGGCCUGUGCAGGUCAGCAUCGCUCUUUGGGCAUCCAUGUCUCCAAAGUGAGAAGCCUGAAGUUGGACAGUAAAGUGUGGACCGAACCUCUGAUUCUGCUGUUUGUCCAUUAUGGGAACAAAGCAGCCAAUGAUGUGUGGGGUCACAACGUGCCGGGUGCAGAGCAGAUUCUGCCAGACUCCUCUGUGGAAAAGAGAGGGGACUUCAUCAAGGCCAAGUACACCAAGGGCCGAUACAGAUGCACCCAUCCGCUAGCCUCCAGCCAGAGACUGCUCAACCAGAGGCUGUGUGAGGUGGUGUGUGGCCCUAAUGUCCCAGAGACCAUGUCAUUGCUAUGCUCGGGGGCCCGGGUCUUGUGCCUCUCAGGGGACCCUCAGUGCCCCUCGCCCAUCUCCCUGGCAGAGCGGGCUGGACAGGCCAUGCAGACGGAACUGCUCAGACACAACGAGUACACAGAGGCCCCUGCCUAUGCUCAUCAGGUGCCCAGCAGAGACCCUGCGACCUCUGACCCCCCUUCUGCUGCAGUAGAGGAGGAGCUCCAUGGGAAGUUGGAGGAGGACCGCUUCCUGUUCUCCCAGGAGAAUGACUCUGCAGCCUGUGAUGUUCUGGACCUGAGGGAGGUCAUCUCCAUCUUCCACCGCUCCAACGGAUCGACUCAUGAGUUUGAAAUGGUGACUCUGACGGACCAGUUGGUGUGCAGUGCUGACACAAAAGAGGAUCUACUCAAUCACCUGCUUCAUAUUCUCAGGGUGGUGUUGCCCGGGCCCAUAGAUGAGGAGGAGCUGGACGGAGUGUUUGCUGUGUCCCGGGUGUCUCUGAGGGAGGGAGGAGGCCUGCAGCACACUGAGGUCUGGGCAGUGCUCCGUGGAGGUCAGGUCCUCGUCUAUCCUACUGACCAGCAGCGUCACAGAGAGAGGCUAACACUCAACCUUGAGACUCAAUACAAGAUAGAUUCCUCUGAGAACACCAUAGAGCUGGUCACUGGAGAGAGAACCAUGUCCAUGCAGUUUGAACGAGACCACAGCUGUCAGUCCUGGCACACCCUACUGAAACAGGCAGUAACCACAAAGAGGAAGCAGCGCCCAUCACUGUACGAGCUGCCCCCCAACAGCAGUGGCAAUGUGCCCCCUGCCAUUGAGAGGUGUAUCUCACACAUCACACAAUAUGGCCUGAAGGUGGAGGGGCUGUACCGGCGCUGUGGCUUGGCCACUAAGGUCAGCAGUCUGGUGGAAGCCCUCAGCAGAUCACCUAAAACUGCCCCUCUGGAGAAAGAUGAACAGGGUCUCCUUGACGCUGCAUGUGCCCUGAAGCAGUAUGUCCGCCAGCAGGUGGUGCUGAUCCCUCAGACACAAAGGGAACUGUGGGUUGAGGCUGCAGCCCACACGGAAGAGACCCUUAGACUGGCUGCCUACCGCAGACUACUGAAGAAGCUGCCUCCUGACAACAGAAUCACACUCAACGCCCUCUGUGGACACUUCUACAUAGUUCAGCUGUACAGUGUAGAGAACCGUAUGACAGCUCAGAACCUGGCGCUGGUGUUUGUCCCCACACUGUUCCAGGAGCUGGCCAUGAACACAGACAUGGUGCGCCUCACCAGAGAACUCAUCAUACACCACACAUUCAUCUUCCUGGGUAAAGAACAAGAGUCUGACAUGGAGAGUGAAGAACUCAUAACAAAAUUGUAGAAAAAACAUAUGUAUAUAUUUGGCUUUGGCUGUCAAAGAAAGCUUAUAUUGGAAAUAUAUAUUUGGUUACAUAGUGCCCCUUCACAUGCUGCUUGUUGUGGGGUUAACGAGACCAUUUUAUCAAUAGUAGUUUUCACAACUUCUUUGAACUACACAUUUAGGCCAUGGACUGGAUAAACUUAUUUAUUCUGCUAUAUUCAACUUGGGUUUAUUGUAGUUUAGGUGAUGAUAAAAUAAUAACAAACCAAGCACAAAUUGUUACACCGCCUUCAGAAAGUAUUCACACCCCUUGACUUUUUCCACAUUUCGUUGCGUUACUGCCGGAAUUGAGAUUUGUUGUCACUGGCCUGCACAUAAUACCCCAUAAUGUCGAAGUGGAAUUAUGUUUUUUGACAUUUUUACACAUUUAUAAAACAUUUUAAGCA